AUGGACAUAGCGAGACUUACGGUUUAUGCGCAUCAGGUUGAGGAAGAGAAGCUGAGAGAUAGAGAAGAAUUCAGAAACAAGAAAGGUACUGGCGUUGGAGCAAACCGCCUAUAUGCUAUCACGAGUCGCCAAGAGCAAGAAAAUUUUCCAGAUGUCACUGCCUUCAGGUUUUGUUGCUGCUCGCUGGCCGCUGCUGCAGUCCCGCCUGUUGUUGACUUGCUGCCGCCUGUUGCUGCUGCUCGCUGGCCGCUGCUGAAGUCUCGCCUGUUGUUGACUUGCUGCCGCUUGUUGCUGCUGCUUGCUGUCGUUGGUGGAGGAGUGAUGGUCCUUUGUGGAUUAAUUUCAUUUUCUCCUUCAGGCUCUAUUUAUGAUGGCAACCUCUUCUCAAUAUUCAGUGAAGAAGUAUUUUACACAAGUACCGAAACCAACUUAAGUGCGUCGAUUGAUGUAGUAAGACUUCUCAUAAGUCGGGGAUUUGCAUUUAGAGGUCAUGAAUCUAAAUCAUCACUUAGUAGGGGUAACUUUCUUGAAAUUCUCUCAUGGUAUGCAAAAAAAUGUGAUAAAAUUCGUGAUUAUGUUUUGAAACAUUCACUUGUAAGUGAUCAAAUGACUUCUCCAAUGAUUCAAAAAGAUAUUGUGAGUGCAUGUAAGAUAGAGACCGUUAAAGCUAUUCUUGAGGAAUUAAAUGGUGACUACUUUGCUUUUCUAGUUGAUGAAUCCUUUGAUGUGUCACGCAAGGAGCAAAUUGCUAUCGUAUUUCGUUAUAUUGAUAGAAUGGGAUUUGUAAUGGAGCGACUUAUUGACAUUGUUCAUGUUGAAGAUACUAGUGCUUCAUCUUUAAGGGAGGCAAUUUUUAAUUUACUUGCUCAACAUUCUUUGAGUCCAUCAAGUGUGUGUGGACAAUGUUACGUUGGGGCAAGUAAUAUGCAAGGUGAGAUCAAUGGUCUUAAAAUAUUGAUUAGACGAGAAAGUAAAUCGGCUCAUUCAAUCCAUUGCUUUGCUCAUCAACUUCAACUAACUCUUGUUGGGGUCUCUAAAAAGUGUGUUGAAGUGGGAAAACUUAUAGUAUUGAUCUCAAAUAUUUUUAAUGUAUUGGGAUCUUCUUUUAAGCGUAUGGAUAAUUUACGAGAUUUCCAAAAAUCAACAAUUCAAGUGGCAUUAGAUAUGGGUGAACUUACAACCGGUAGGGGCUUGAAUCAACAACGUGGUCUUUCAAGAGCUUGUGAUACUCGUUGGGGAUCUCAUUAUAAAUCCUUUAACAAUUUUAUUAUUAUGUUUGGCUCUAAUAUUCUUGAGGCUCUUGAAUCACUUGCUCUUGAUGCAAGGAGUAUGGAUGAAAGAGCCAAGGCAAUGGGACAUCUUGAAGCUUGUCAAACAUUUGAGAUUGCGUUUAUGUUGCAUUUGAUGAGAGAUGUCUUAGCAAUCACAAAUGAGCUUAAUAAAUGUUUACAAAAAAAAGAGCAAGAUAUUGCAAAUGCCAUGCUACUUGUUGAAGUAGCAAAGAGAAGGUUGCAAGUCUUAAGAGAUGAUGAAUGUGAUUCUCUUAUUGCCAAGGUAUCUACAUUUUGUAUCAAACAUGAUGUUUUGAUACCUAACUUUGAGGAGCCAUAUGUUAGCUCUUUAAGAUCUCGGCGGAAACUUGCUAACUACACAAUCUUAGAUCAUUAUCGUGUUGAAGUGUUUUGCAAUAUCAUUGAUUGGCAACUUCAAGAACUUAAUGAUCGUUUUGAUGAGGUGACUACCGAUUUGCUCCAUGUAAUUGCUUGCUUGAAUCCAAUUAACUCAUUUUCAAGUUUUGACAUAAGAAAAGUAAUGAGAAUGGCUAAAUUAUAUCCAUAUGACUUUGAUGAAUCCAAUAUGAGAAUUCUUGAGAAUCAACUUGCAAGUUACAUUGUUGAUGUUCGUGAUGUUGACGAAAGGUUCUCCGAUCUAAAUGGGCUUUGUGAUCUUUCCAAAAGAUUAGUUCAGACAAAGAAACAUUCAAAUUAUCCUCUUGUAUUUCGCUUAGUGAAACUUGCUCUACUUUUACCAGUUGUCAUUGCCUCCGUUGAAAGAGCUUUUUCGGCAAUGAAGUUUAUCAAGAAUGACUUGCGGAAUCAAAUGAGUGAUGAUUUUUUUAGUGAUUGUUUGGAGCCGAAGAGAAUUCUAAAGGAAUUGAAGAACUUGUAG